AUGACCGACAAGGGGAAGCAGCUGGUUCAGGGGACUCGGCAAGUUAGGGAAAAUGACUCUGAGGAAGAGUCCAACAAGAUGAAGAAGUGCAAGGUCAGUAGGCGCCUGUUGAGGGUAGUCAUUUUGGACACUGAGGAUGAAGAUGGCCAGCCGAGCCGCGGGACCAUCAUUGUUGUAAAGUCAUCUAAGGUGGCAGUGCCUCAGACUCCAGCCCCUGCAAAAAAUGUCAAGCAGUUGACACCACUCAAAGCUAUCCAGGCUGGCACCAAGGCCCGUACUGGCCGAACAAUGCCAAAGGAACAGGGUGGAGACACUUCAGCAGCAAUGCUCAGUCCUCAAUCUAUCGUUUCUGCCACCAACAAUGAGCCACAGUCAUGA